AUGGCGGCGGAGAACGGCCCAUCACUUGGGAGGUUGGCGUCGGUUUACAGCGAGGUGCAGACGAGCCGCCUCCAUCAUGCGCUCCGGCUCCCCUCCGUCCUCUGCUCCCAAUUCUCCCUCGUCGAUGGGCCUCCCAGCUCAGCCACGGGGAACCCGGAUGAGAUCGCGAAGCUGUUCCCUAACUUGUUUGGGCAGCCGUCGGCGACAUUGGUGCCGGCCAAAGAGGCAGUGGAGGGGAAGGCGCUGAAGGUCGGGGUGGUGCUCUCUGGUGGACAAGCACCCGGUGGGCACAAUGUGAUCUGUGGUAUCUUCGAUUUCUUGCAGGAACACGCAAAGGGAAGCACAAUGUAUGGAUUCAAAGGAGGCCCAGCAGGGGUGAUGAAGUGCAAGUAUGUCGAACUCAAUACCGAUUUCGUCUACCCCUACAGAAACCAGGGUGGAUUUGAUAUGAUCUGUAGUGGAAGGGAUAAGAUCGAAACACCAGAGCAGUUUAAGCAAGCCGAAGAUACAGCCAACAAACUUGAGUUGGACGGACUUGUUGUUAUUGGAGGCGAUGAUUCAAAUACUAAUGCUUGCCUUAUUGCUGAAUACUUCAGGGGAAAGAACCUGAAGACUCGUGUUAUUGGGUGUCCAAAGACAAUUGAUGGAGAUCUAAAAUGCCAUGAGGUCCCAACAAGUUUUGGAUUCGACACCGCUUGCAAGAUAUACUCUGAAAUGAUUGGAAACGUGAUGACUGAUGCACGAUCAUCAGGAAAAUACUACCAUUUUGUAAGACUUAUGGGACGUGCUGCUUCUCACAUUACAUUGGAGUGUGCCUUACAAACACACCCAAACAUUGCUCUUAUCGGGGAAGAGGUUGCUGCAAAGAAGCAGACUCUCAAAAACGUUACAGACUACAUUACCGAUAUCGUUUGUAAGCGUGCAGAACUUGGUUACAACUAUGGUGUCAUCCUUAUACCGGAGGGUUUGAUUGAUUUCGUACCAGAGGUUCAGAAACUUAUUGCCGAAUUAAAUGAAUUUUUGGCACAUGAUAUUGUUGACGAAGCAGGUGUUUGGAAAAAUAAACUUGAACAAGAAUCCAAGAAACUGUUUGAAUUUUUACCCCCAUCCAUCCAGGAGCAGCUUUUGCUGGAAAGAGAUCCACAUGGAAACGUUCAAGUUGCAAAAAUUGAAACAGAGAAAAUGCUUAUUGCAAUGGUUGAAACGGAAUUAGAGAGAAGAAAAACCGAAGGAAAAUACAAGGGCAAUUUCAUUGGUCAAUCCCACUUCUUUGGAUAUGAAGGGAGGUGUGGCCUUCCAACUAAUUUUGAUGCCAGUUAUUGCUACGCUUUGGGUUAUGGUGCUGGGGCUCUUCUCCAGUGUGGGAAGACAGGUCUUAUAUCUUCGGUUGGUAACCUUGCUGCCCCUGUGUCCGAGUGGACUGCCGGGGGAACUGCAUUGACAUCAUUGAUGGAUGUUGAGAGGAGACAUGUUAUCUUUUCAAGCAUUUUUUUCUCUAUCUCUGACUUUGCAUUGCACAAACGCAAUUCCACAGGCAAGUUCAAACCAGUGAUCAAGAAAGCAAUGGUAGAACUUGAAGGUGCACCAUUUAAGAAAUUUGCAUCCCUGCGAGAUGAAUGGGCCAUCAAGAAUCGAUACAUUAGCCCUGGACCCAUCCAGUUUAUUGGCUCCGGAGCAGACGCUGUGAACCGCACCUUGCUACUGGAACUUGGUGUUCAGGCCUGA